AUGGUCGCUAACGCUUUGGCUUAUCAUCCUACCUUGGCGCACUACUUGCGCUUUGUUGCAACGACUGUGGGUCGUGACAAGAUCCUCCGUACGCUGCAAUACUUCUCACGCUUUUAUGCCUGGUACCUGUAUCGCACAAACCGCCCGCAGUCCUCUAUCGACCCCUACAAUGCAGUCAAGAAGCAGUUUGGAACAACAAGAAAGAUCCUGAGGAUCGGAAAGUUUGCCGAGCACCUCAAGGCUGCAGCCGUUGCAGCUGACAACAAGAGCCCCGUCGACCCUGUUCUCCGCUAUCUAGCUGUCGGUCGCCAGCUCGGUUACGCCGGAUAUCUGACUCUGGAUACUAUCACCGUUAUUGACGUUAUCGGGUUCCGGAAACUUGCUGCAGCCAAGCGCUUGCAGGAUACCGCCUAUCGGUCGUGGUUGGCUGGACUAAUCUGCAGCGCUAUUGCUAGUGUAUACUCCCUUUGGAGACUGCGGGAGAAGGAGAGGACUCUCGACCGCACCGAAGGCGAAGGCGUCGUGGAGGCAAAGAAGCUCGAGAAGGAACGCUCCGCUGCCCGCAUCCAGCUCUUCUCGGACCUUUGUGACUUGACCAUUCCUGUGUCCGGCCUGGGCCUUGCCAAUCUUGACGACGGAAUUGUUGGUAUUGGAGGUACAAUCAGCAGUUUGCUAGGCGUGGUGUCUCAAUGGCGGAAGACCGCGUGA